AAAAAGUAAUAACAAAGUAGGUAAUACUUCGUAACGAUGUUCAAUCAAACAAUUUCAAUGGCGCUCGUAGAGCAGUUUUAAUAAACAAUCUUAUCCAACGAAAAGGAAGUUAUUUCUUUUUUUUUUUUUUCAAAACGGUGAAAAGGAAGUCACAAAACACGGCGAACCACUACGAUAUCCACUACACGGGCUCGUACGCGUAUAGCAACGGAGCACCGAGCGUGUACAGCAGCCACUAUCCGGCGAACGGUGGCUUCGUGCAGCCUCAUCUUCAUGAAGACUACCGGCCGAUUUAUUUUUACGUAGCGCAACCUUAUACUAUUCCGUAUACGUUUGCGAAGAGACCGAGACCGCCGUCGUUGUUAAGAUCUGGGAAACCUCGGAGUAAUUGUCGCGUCAAAUUCUCCAAGAGGCUUGGCAAUAACGAUUUCUCGCAGAAGGUCAAACAAGGAGAGUUUUCGAGGAGUCUUAGUCAGGUUCACUUCGUUGAGAAUCAAGGACAAGUGAUCUCAAACUAUCCGAAGACUGGGUUGCCUCGUGAUCCAAGGAUGACGUCUAUGUUUCGAAGGGGCACGAUUUUUGCCACGUUUUUCCUUUCGUUGCUGGGGGGUGGAUUAGUCUGCGCCGCAUUGGUGACGCAACAUUGGGUGGAAGCACGACCCUUCAGAACUCCAAACCCUCAAGAAAGUGCCGGCAGAGUUCACUUCGGCCUUCUUCAAGGAAAGAAGGAAUUGAACGUCGCUUAUGGUUGGAGAACCUAUCAUAUUUCGGUGCCUCAAAUGAUCAAGCAAGAUCCCACAGUGAUGUCUUGGGGACUUUGGAUAAGUACUUUAACGACAACCUCGGCUGCACUUGUCACUGCUGGUCUAGCUGCUUUACUCGCUGUUUUGAAUACAGCCACUUCACCUAGAUCCAAGAUCCUUUCUGAUCCUGGAGUAUAUUUCAUAAAUAUUUUAACAUUAUUAAUGUGCAUGGCGAGUACGAGCACUUGGCUGGCGCAAUAUUACACAAAGCUAUACUUCAAUGUACUUCCUAAGGAGGACAUUGAUAAUAUGUGGACCAGUGAAGGUUCUGCUGAGCUUGGUUAUUCAUUUUGGCUCGUUGUAUGCGCUGGUGUAGUACAUUUAAUCAGCAUAGCAUUGGUCGGUUGGGGUUCAGGACGAGACAAGAUCGAACGUCUGGAGACAAUUCCGGCAUUGGAGGAAAAGACUGCUGCGGCAAUAAUGCUGUAUUGAACCUGGGACUCUUGAGACAGAUCUCAGAGACAAGAAAUCCAUUACAAAAAUUACAGAGUGCUGCUCAUAUCUGUUAGUGUGCGACGAGGUAACAAGGAUCGAUUAAGCAGAAAGCAGAUUCUACUGCAAUAAUUCUACUAUUCGAGAAACGACAAGUUCCUAAAUGUUAGCAUACUUAACAUUGUAAUAUUAAAAGGAAACAAAGGAGCAAGCACGUUAAUAGAAUUAUUAUAUAAUAAUAUAAUCUUAAUAAAAAUUGUAAUAUAAAAUUUUUCUGAAAA